UCAGUUUGUUCUUCUGUUUUGACACUUGUGUACUGUACUGUGUACUUUAGUAUUAAGUUGUUAAGGAGUUCUUAACGAAGGAUUUGUUCUUCAAAAUGCCCAAAGGAGGUAGGAAAGGUGGCCACAAGGGUCGCAUGCGGACCUACACGAGCCCCGAUGAGAUAGACGCGCAGAUGAAAGCAGAGAAGGAGAGGAAGAAGCAAGAGCAGGAAGCAGAAGCAGCGGGGGGUGUAGCUCCGAAUGACCUGACAGAGGAGAAGCUACCAGGAUCAGGAUCAGAAGACAGCGAUGAUGAAAACUCAGAUAGGAGGAGAGCGGGUGUGGAGGGCCUGAUAGAGAUCGAGAACCCCAACAGAGUGGCUCAGAAGUCCAAGAAGGUGACGCAGAUCGAGAUGGACGAGCCCAAGCAGUUAUCGAGGAGAGAGAGAGAGGAGAUAGAGAAGCAGCAGGCGAAGGAGCGCUACAUGAAGAUGCACUUGGCGGGGAAGACGGAUCAGGCCAAAGCCGACCUCGCUCGCCUCGCCAUCAUCAAGAAACAGAGAGAAGACGCGGCGAAAAAGAAAGAAGCAGAGAAGAAAGCAAAAGAGGCAGCAGCAGCAGCGGCGAAAGGAAUGAACUCCCUCUCAAUGAAAUGAUGGACAGUUUUGAUCAGAGGCACUUUUACAUGUUCACGGACUGGCGCAAAAUAUAUUUGACUAUUUUUAAAGGACGAAUGAUGUCCACGUUACUGGUUCAUGUGACCAUUUGGAAGAUGGUUGCUGAGACUCCAGUGGAGAGGGGUUGUGUAUAUUUUGGCCUUGUUUAUCCCUCCAGGAAGUUACCGAUGAAUAAAUCUGUCUUCACGUGCACUUUGGAAUGAACCCCUCCUAACCUAUGAUCUUGUACAUGAUAUUAUUAACGAUAUAUUUGUCGUUGUACAAGUUCGACUUUGCUAACUCAGCUUUGCCACUAUGUUUUUCCGGAGCUCACAUUGUACAUAACUGAUUCAUGGAAAUAUUUCAGAUUAUUAUGAUGAAAACAGUAAAAUGUGUACAGUACA